UUACAGAAACAAAAAACACAGGUGGGGGAGAGAAAGAGAGGGAAAAAGGUUGAAUGCUUUUUGCUCUCUCGACUGAACAAGUCUUUUUCCAGGAACAAUCACUAGCUGGUGAAGUUGGUACAUGAAUCAGAUCCAGGAGAAGCUGUUUCCUCUUUUUAGAAGUUUCUGCUUUGUGAAAGCAAAUAUGAGCUAUGGAAGCAGUUCUUUGGGCUCUGGGAGUAGGGCCGGUAGAAGGGCUUUUGAUUUUGGAAGGACCCAUGUAGUUAAACCAAAAGGGAAGCACCAAGCCACCAUUGUUUGGCUUCAUGGCCUUGGAGACAAUGGUUCAAGCUGGUCCCAACUUUUGGAAACUCUGCCUCUUCCUAAUAUUAAAUGGAUAUGCCCAACUGCACCAACCCGGCCAGUAGCACUUUUUGGUGGAUUUCCGUGCACUGCAUGGUUUGAUGUUGGAGAGCUUUCAGAAGAUGCUCCUGAUGACACGGAGGGUUUGGAUGCUUCUGCUGCACAUGUAGCAAACUUGUUAUCAACUGAGCCUUCUGACAUCAAGCUGGGUAUUGGAGGCUUUAGUAUGGGUGCUGCAACUGCUUUGUACUCUGGAACUUGCUUUGCUCACGGGAAAUACAGCAACGGGAACCCAUAUCCUGUCAACCUUAGUGUAGUUGUUGGUCUGAGUGGCUGGCUUCCAUCUGCAAGGAGCUUAAAACACAAGAUAGAAGGUUCAUCAGAGUGUGCAAGACGUGCUGCAUCAUUGCCCCUUUUACUUUGUCAUGGGAAAGCUGAUGAUGUUGUCCUAUACAAACAUGGGGAAAAAUCUGCAGAAGUCCUGAAUUCAACAGGCUUCAGAAGUAUGACAUUCAAAACCUACAGCAGGCUAGGGCAUCACACAAUCCCUGAAGAGAUGGAUGACAUCUGCAAAUGGUUGAUUGCCAGUUUGGGGCUCGAAGUCUCAACACGCUAAGUAGGAAUAAUCACCUCAGAUUUAAAUACCCAUUAAAAGAAGAAAACGCCAGGAAAUUUCGAUUAAUAUUUGUAACGACUGGAUAUGGAUAUAGGGGGUUAUGAACUUGGGAUCAUGGUAUAAGAAUAUAGAUAUUCUUACAACUCUUUUUAUCACUCAUCAGCUUUUACUUUUCUAUUAUCACAUUGGAAAUGUCUUGAUAUGUCCUCUCUCUAGCUGGGCUGGUUGUGGUAAUGAUUAUGUGCUGAGUUCAUUAUGUUGGGUUUUCUUUGUGGGAUAUGUCGUAAUAACUUUGUCUAGGACUCUUUUCAUUCAUCUAAUGUGAUCUUAUUGGGGUGGAUUGGUUGUUUA